GUGGGCAAGAAGAAGAAGAAGAACGCGUUCACAGUGCGCAUGCGUCGUGGCCCUCACUUUGAAAAAAGCAUGACAACAACCAGGGCCGCGUGAUGCUGUACAAAAGCACCGUGACGGCACUGAGGAGGAUUCACUCGUGGUUUCCGGUCCUGCAGCGCCGCCGCGCGCACACCUGUCUGACGUCAUCGGCCACCUGCAGACUCCUUCGCCGACCUCCGCGUGCAGUCGCUGCUACAUGCCCCCCUCGGUCCACGGAGUUCUCGCUCUCAGCGUGCAGGUGGAGGAACACGGAUGAUGAUGAUGAUGAUUAUGAAGAGGAAGAUGACGACGUCAUCGAUGACAGCGAGGUGGAGGAGCUGUUUCAGGUGCGCGCUCCCGCGGGUGCCCUCGGGGCUGCGCACAGAGUGUUCGUGGUUCACCCCGAUGUGAAGUGGGGGAGCCGGAAGCAGCACCUGACCACAGCUGAGCUGAUGAUGGCCGAGGCCGUGGGGCUCGUGAACACUUUGGACAGCUGGAGUGUGGUGGACAAGGUCAUCAUGUCCACCAAGACACCAGAGAAGAAGAUGAUCUUCGGCAAAGGAAACUUCCGGACUCUGACAGAUAGAAUCAGACGGACAGCAGGAGUCACAGCAGUGUUUGUGAAUGUGGAGCGUCUGUCUGCUCUAUCUGAGAGGGAGUUUGAGGAGGCCUGGGGGGUCAAAGUCUUUGACAGGUACUCCGUGGUCCUCCACAUCUUCCGCUGCAACGCCAGGACCAAAGAGGCCAAGUUACAGAUCUCUCUGGCCGAGAUCCCUUUGUUAAGAUCUCGUCUGAAAAAUGAAAUGGCCAACUUGGAUCAGCAGGGCGGCGGCUCGAGGUACAUCGGAGGCUCUGGAGAGACGCUGAUGGAGGUGCAGCAGAGGCUGCUGAGGGAGCGCGAGCUGAAGAUCCGCUCGGCGCUGGAGAAGCUGCGCAGGAAGCGGCGCCUGCUGCGAUCUCAGCGGCGAGGCAAGGAGCUCGCCGCCGUCUCCGUGCUGGGGUACACCAACUGUGGAAAGACGACGCUGAUCAAAGCGCUGACGGGCGACGCCGGCCUUCAGCCCCGAAACCAGCUGUUCGCCACGCUGGACGUCACCGUGCACGCCGGCCAGCUGCCCAGUCACAUGACCGUCCUCUACGUGGACACCAUCGGCUUCCUGUCCCAGCUGCCCCACCAGCUCAUCGACUCCUUCUCCGCCACGCUGGAGGACAUCAAACACUCGGAUCUGCUGGUCCACGUCAGGGACGUCAGUCACCCGGAGACGGCGAACCAGAAGGCCAACGUGCUGAGAGUUCUGGAGAACAUGCGAAUCCCCGACAGGCUGCUGAGCUCCAUGAUCGAAGUCCACAAUAAGACGGACCUCGUGGACAACUAUCGGCCCACGGAGCCCGGCGCUCUGCCCAUCUCGGCCCUGGAGCGGCGGGGCCUCGGCGCCCUGAGGGCGGCGGUGGAAGAGGCGCUGGUGACGUCCACGGGGAAACGCGUGAUGGACCUCGCCGUCGACCUCGGCUCCCCUCAGCUGAGCUGGCUGCACAAGGAGGCCGCCGUUCAGGACGUGCGGGUCAACGCGGACGAAGGCUCGGCCGUCGUCAAGGUGACCAUCAGCGCCGCCGCCUACGGCCGCUACAGGAAGCUGUUCGGCGGGAGCUGACGGACAACGACGAGCCCCACUGAGCAGGUGCAGACGGAUGCUAACGCAGAAUGUCGCGUUAGCCAGAGCUAGCUAGACGUUAGCGCGUCGAUGCGGCUUCUUUAUGCUGAGUAACUUAUUCUUUAUGUUUUAAUGAAAUCCACUGAAAGCUUCCAGUGUGAAAUGAAGAGAAACUGAACCAGGGACAAUAAAAGCAGACUGUAUGUAUUGCACGAUAUUUGACAAGGUCAUUAUGUAACAGAAUGAGUAUGUUGUUGUAAACAUCAGAGCAACAAAAUGUUUCCUGGGGGAACAAAAACACGUGAAUUGAUUCUAGUCUUCUGUAGACGAGCUGAUGAAAGAAUCUGGAUUCGCUUCCUGUGGAAUAAAAGCUCUUUUCACAUCCUCGUGGUA